CCAGAAAUCUCUGAAACCCUUUCUCUCUCUGUAUCUGAGAAUUCAUCCGUCUCUUUGUUUUUUGUUUUUUCUUAAGAUGACAGGAGAAGAAGGGAGCGUGAGCCUUGAUCUUCUGAAGAAGAAGAUGAAUGAUUUUGCGAAGGAGAGAGAUUGGGAGAAGUUUCAUAGCCCCAGGAACCUUCUUCUUGCUAUGGUGGGAGAAGUGGGAGAGCUCUCAGAGAUAUUCCAAUGGAAAGGGGAGGUGCCAAAGGGGCUGCCAGGGUGGGAAGAGGCAGAAAAGACACACCUAGGAGAAGAGCUCUCUGAUGUUUUGCUGUACCUAGUCAGGCUGUCUGAUGUGUGUGGCAUUGAUCUUGGCAAAGCUGCACUUAGAAAAGUUGAGCUUAAUGCCUUGAAAUACCCAGCAAACAACACCAAUUCCCCCUGCAAAUCCAAGAACAGCAAAGAUAGUGUGAAGAUGAGUAACUAGAGCUUGGUGUUUCCCAGUUACAGUUACUGUUUUACUGUUUUUGUAGUUAAGAAGACAGCUGGGUGAUUCUAAAAAUGGAAGGUGGGAGAAGAUGUGUGUGGGAGGGCUAAAAGUGGGGAAACAGAUAGGUUGAUAGUCUGAGGGUUUUGGGCAUCUUAGGAUGGUGACUGUUACUGGCUUUUGGGUUAGGCAUGUAAGGUGGUGUUUGGCAUUAACUUCUCCUUCUUCUUGUUUUGGCAUUGAUUUCACUGGGAGUUUGCAUGAAGUAAGUAACUCUGUGAUGAUGUACUUUUGCAAAUUCUGGAAAUGUGAUCAACUGUGUAAUGAAUGGAAACCAGUGUAUAUUAUUUAAGGAGUCUUUGUUACUUCUAA